CCGAUAUGCCUUAAACGCCAAUACGUAUCGACGGCAAUUCCGAAAUGAUAGACUGAAAGAUUCAGAAACCCAUAGUGAAUGGGCCAGUCGCAUAAACAGGUCCUAUGAGCAGUGGCUCCUAAUGGCAGAUAUCCAGGACUUUGAUAAACUAAAACAGCUGAUGUAAAUGGAGCAAUUCUUUUGGCACUGCCACGAGGACAUUCGGAACUGGGUAAGGGAUAGGAAACCUCUUACCCUCAGUGAUGUUGCCCGGCUGGCAGACGAGUAUGUGGCAAAUCGAGAUAUUGAUAUGCAGGUUCGCCAUCAUAACCCACUAACAGAGCCACUGACCAGACAGCCUUGGGCCAGAGCGCCAGCUGGCAACACCAGACCUAAGACAGAGAACACACCAUCUUUUCCCACCCGAACCACAUCCUUUACUCCUCGGCAGUCCUCCCCCGGAAAACAAUGCUACAGAUGCAAUGGAUUUGGACAUGUCCAAGCUCAAUGUCCGAGGUCUGCUGUUGUGGGAUUUGUCCAAGGCGAACCAUACUGCAAAUUUUCUCCUGUGACUGAGACUGUCUAUGAGGCCUACACUACCCAUCUACCUAGUAACUCAAGUCUAGACAGACAUAUGCAGGCUGUUACUGUGGGCGGGCGACCCUUCACAGGAUUGAGAGACUCUGGGGCCACUAUCACCUUGGUCAAACCUAAAUGUCUACCUCCAAAUAACCUGUUACCUCAGGAGGUUACUAUCCGCACAGCCGGGGGUGCUUACCAUACCCUCCCCACUGCCAAGAUUCACCUGAAUUGGGGGACAGGACAAGGGACUGUUGUAGUUGGAGUAAUGGAUGGAUUACCUGCGGAUGUAUUAUUGGGAAAUGAUCUGGGAAUGUUGGUUAGCCAAUACCGGCCGCAGGAAGAAAUAACUGCUGUAACUCGCAGCCAGACCAGAGGAAACGGCAACCUAGCUGUAUCUGAACCAGCCGGAGACCCUUCUACAGUCAGACAUUGUGAGGUCUCGGGAGGGACCACCCCAAUCUGCCCUCUAUAAUUGGGGGGAGAAGUGUGAUGGUAGCCGUCUGAGACUUGUGGGCAUACAAGGAUUAAUGUGUAUUUUGUAUUUUCAAACUGAUGUUCCUUCUUUGUAUAAUCCCUUUAUGUUUAUUGGUGCUGUUUCCUUUCUGUACUGCCAUUAUCUGGAGCUGAUGUUAUUAACCCUUUGUUGUGGUGUGAACUAUUGUAUCCCAGGAUGUAUUUCAUGUGUUUAAAAGUUCCUGCCUUGUAUAAUCCCGUUAUGUUUAUUGGUGCUGCUUCCUGUCUGCACUGCCAUUAUCUUGAGGUGAUGGUAUUGAUCCUUUGUUGUGGCGUGAACUAUUGUAUUGUAUUAAUGAAAUGCCUGAGUUAAUCUCCUUAUGUUAACUUUCCUUUUAUAUACAAAGUACUUUGUUUCUAGUGUUUUACCCA